GUUUCUAAAGUGGGGUAAUGAAAACGAAAGUAGUGCAAAGUACAGAAUGGCGGCUGCCUAUGAGUCUGACGAGGAGAACCUGUCAAAGAGUGACAGUGAAUCUGGCGUAAGCUAUGAGUCGCGCAGUGACAGGUCUUCAGAUGAAGAAGCGGAUUGUCAGUUUUAUGGGAAAGAGCCCUGCAAGUAUUACAACCAAGGCAAGUGUAAGGAUGGUGAUAAGUGCUCCUACCUGCACUUCUGCAAGUAUGCCCUGACAGGAAGUUGUCGCAACGGCUCCAAGUGUAAGCUGAAACACCCCCGAGGUGGAAGAGAGUCCUCUGGUGCAACCAACGGGGCCUCGAACCGAUCAACGUCUAGAGACCCAAAGCUCACUGACGGCCGAUUCUACCAGUGGCAGCUGAAUGAUGGAAACGGCUGGAUGGAUGUCAGCAACGAUCACGUUCUCGAGAGCCAGUACUCACUGCCCCACACCAAAAGCAUUAAAAUCUACAACACUCCGUAUGGGGCUGUGAGUAUAGACUUUAACAGGAUGAGAGUGUAUGGAAAGAGUCUGAGAGUGAGACGUUUGGAUGAUGGGAAAACCGUGUGGAUCUGGUACUGCACACUGGGCCGCAAGUGGAUCAAGUAUGGAGACAAGGAUGCGAAGGGGAACCCCAGUCCUGCGAAGAGCUCCGACAUAGAGCAGAAGUUCCAGAGUAACCCGACGAGCUCCUAUACUUUCAGCAUCGGCCCUGAAACAUUUGAGAUUAGAUUCAAAGAUAUGCGACAGGUGACUGCAAAGAGAAAGAGGAAAGUUACCCGUCGACCACAGUACCGACAAAAGCCAGCCGGAGCAGGAGCAGCAGUUUCUGAAGAAGCCGCGGCUCUCCAGAAUCUUUCUGUGGGCACCAAACCACAGUGGCAGUUUGAGGGAGACAGCGGAGCGUGGCACGCAUUCAAACACAGGCAGAGCGGCACUCAAACUGAAUGCUCAGUAACUAGCGAUGACAUUGAGAGGAAGUACAAUCAAAACCCCAAGGGCAGCAUGACCUUCAAAGUGAAAGGACACUCCUACAAGCUGGACUUUGGAGCGAUGAUGCAAACCAACCUCAAAACCAAGAAUACACGCAAGAUCAGACGUGUCCUGGUGUGAGUGAUUGAAGACCUCAAGAAGAAAGUCUACAGACACUUGUGCAAUACCAUAUUUAUGCAAUCAGUAUAAUCUGGGAUUCAUAUAUUCUCCUGAGACCUGAUCUUUUAUUUGGUAUUAUUUUUAAUUUGUCCUAGCUAUUUGGGAUCAGUAGGACCUGAUGAAUAUAAAAAACUAAAGAUUUUCAACCCUUAUAAAGUCCCAAUGUCCUCAAACAAGACGUUAACAAAGUCCUAAUGUCCUCAAACAAGACAUUAACAAAGUCCCAAUGUCCUGAAACGAGACAAUGAUUAAGUUUCAAUGUCUUCAAACGAGACGAUGAUAAAUAACCAAUGUUCUCAAACGAGACAAAAGUAAAGUCCCAAUGUCCUCAAACGUGACGAUAACAAAGUCCUGAUGUCUUCAAACGAGACGAUAACAAAGUCCUGAUGUCUUCAAAUGAGUAGGCUACUGUCUAAUUAACAGCAUCUUAUCUUGUUACUGUUGCUAACAUUGGUCAAAUCUGUUAGCAUAUCAAUCUACCAACAUUAUUAAUCACAAAAUUCAUAACAUGUGAUCAGGUUUUGGACCUUGUCCACUUUUGUGUCAGGAUCAGCUGCAGACUGACUUGGCAGAGGUGGCUGCCAUCUUGUUUUUACAUGGAUUACUGUAUUGUGCUCUUACUACCACUAGAUGACACAAAAGUGUCCACGUACGAGAACAACAGGUCUAGGUUUAGUAGAAUGAAGUAUAAGGUGCACUAAACCCAAAAUAAGAUGUCCUCAUAUGAGGACACAGGGUCUCAGGAGGAUAUCUAUACAUGGCCUUAUUUAUACAAUCUUUAAUAUUGUUUACACGAGACAGGAAUUCAGGAUGAGAUUAAAUUGUCCUGAACAUGGUUGUGACCUUUUUAGUAAUGUGGCUGCCACAGGGGAUUGUUUACCAACACAAACACUGCCUGACUAACUUGUGCUCAGAUUAUGAACUGUACCAGCUUGCCUUUUAAAAAUUAUUCUUAGACACAGACAGUACACGCUGCCAUACCAAGGGAUGCACUUAAUUUUUGUAGUUAAAUCUGAAGAAGAAAUUGAGAAUAUAAGACAAAGUCUCCUGAAAUAAUCAAACAAAAUAUUUCAUGUUACAGUCAAGCUGCCACAUAUCUACACACUGCCUCGUCUUAUGUUAUAGAACGGACUAUUUAAGAACCAAAUCUAAUUCAAAUUAAUGCCAAUGAACUGUUUUAUUUGAUUUUAAUGGUUUUUAUAUGGUGGUUACAUUAUGUAAUAAAACACUGCAGUUUUUCAGCUCAAUUCAUAUCUUUUUAUUUCAAGAUUAGAAGUAUUAAGUCUUAAAGAUUGCUCUCCUUCAUACCUCUGCUUUGCACUGAGAUACCAGUGUGAUACAGAGUAUAUUAAAUAGUCUGUAAUAGUAAUUUGGGUAACUUGUGAUUGCAAGUUGGAAAAAAAAUACAUCCAAUGUUUUUUGUUGUUGUUUUUGUUUGUUUGUUUUUGAGGCAAUAAAACAUGA